AUGGCUGCUCGUCCCCAGAACAUUGGUAUCAAGGCCAUUGAGGUCUACUUCCCCAGCCAGUGUGUCGACCAGGCUGAGCUGGAGAAGUUCGAUGGCGUGAGUGAGGGAAAGUACACCAUUGGUCUGGGCCAGACAAAGAUGAGCUUCUGUGAUGACCGUGAAGACAUCUACUCCAUGGCCCUGACCACCCUCUCCUCCAUGAUGCGCAAGUACAACAUCGACCCCAACUCCGUGGGUCGCCUCGAGGUUGGCACUGAAACCCUCUUGGACAAGUCCAAGUCGGUCAAGUCCGUUCUCAUGCAGCUCUUUAAAGACUCCGGAAACACCAACGUCGAGGGCGUGGAUACCGUCAACGCUUGCUACGGAGGCACCAAUGCCGUCUUCAACAGCAUCAGCUGGCUCGAGUCCUCCGCUUGGGAUGGACGUGAUGCCGUCGUGGUCUGUGGUGACAUUGCUCUGUAUGCCAAGGGUAAUGCUCGCCCUACCGGCGGCGCUGGCUGUGUUGCCAUGCUCAUUGGUCCCGAUGCCCCCAUUGUCUUCGAGCCCGGUCUCCGUGGUUCUUACAUGACCCACGCCUAUGAUUUCUUCAAGCCGGACCUCACCAGCGAGUACCCCGUGGUGGACGGUCAUUUCUCUCUCAAGUGCUACACCGAGGCCGUGGAUGCCUGCUACAAGGCCUACGCCGCUCGUGAGAAGACCCUGAAGGCCACCAACGGCACCAACGGUGCCACCCACGAUGAGACCAAGACUCCCCUGGACCGCUUCGACUACAUCUUGUUCCAUGCUCCUACCUGCAAGCUGGUGCAGAAGUCCUAUGGCCGUAUGCUGUACAACGACUAUCUCGCUGAGCCCAACCACCCCGCCUUCGGCGAAGUGGCCCCUGAGCUCCGGGAGAUGGAACCUUCAUGGGGUCUGACCAAGAAGCGUUUCGGCGAGCGUGUGCGCCCGGGUCUGGAUGUGGCUACCCUUUGCGGUAACAUGUACACGGCUACGGUCUACGCCGGUCUGGCCAGCUUGCUCAGCAACGUUACCUUCGACCCUAGCCAGCCUAAGCGUAUUGGCCUCUUCUCUUACGGCAGUGGUCUCGCUGCCUCUAUGUUCAGUGCGAAGAUCGUGGGCGAUGUCUCCUACAUGGUUGAGAAGCUGGACCUCCACAACCGUCUCAACGCCCGCACCGUUCUGCACCCUCAGGCGUACGAUGAUAUGUGCCUCCUCCGUGAGCACGCCCACCUGAAGAAGAACUUCAAGCCCGCGGGCAAGACCGAGACUCUUCAGCCCCACACCUACUACCUUACUGAGGUCGACGACAUGUUCCGUCGCAAGUACGAGGUCAAGGCCUAA